UCGCUCAAGUCGCUGCAGGGCGCGCUCAUCCAGCAGACGGUGCUGAAGAGCCAGCAGCAGCACCAGGGCCUGGGGCUCUUUGCCGCCACAGCUGGAGGAGAGGCGCUGCUGCGCAAGAGGCAGGCGCUGGAGAUCACAGGCGGCCAGCUGCAAGGCCUGCUCAGCGGGGGCGAGAGGACGCCCGCGCCCAGUGCAGCCGGGCACGCCAUGAACGUCAACGGACUCGCCAAGAAGAUGGCCGCCAAUGGCGUCGGCGUGGUGAAUGGAGGUGGCGGUGGGAAGUCAACCGCCAGCCAGGAGACAGCCCUGUCUCAGAACACUCAGUUGCCCAAACCUGCUCCCAUCACAAGGGGUGAUGGAGGCCUGUUUAGGGCACUGGGAAGGGGGCAGCAGAACAUUCAGCCCAUCACUCAGGGGGGAGGAGAAGAGGACCCCCCUCAACCCACCCCACCUUCACCCUCUCAUUCCCCAGUAUCCCACAACAAUGGCUCUUCACCUCCUCCCUUUAACUGCCAGAAUGCCUCGCCCCAGCUGCUGGAGGCCGAACCAGAGCAACCUCCCUCCAGCUCCGAUCCCAUGCAUACCACCACCACCACCACCACAACAGACCACAGACCUGGACCUCCCUCCUCCCCCCUCCUGCGUCCUCCCUCUCCCCCCACGGCCACCCUGCAGCUGCAGGAACGCUCGCAGCAGACGCAGCGGCGGCAGACCGACAUCGAGGGCCGAAUGCGCCGUCUGCGUAAGCGGCUGCAGGUGGUGCAGGCCAAGCAGGUGGAGCGGCAUGUGCAGCAGCAGCUCUCUGGCUUCGUAGAGCAGACGGCUGCACACCACAGUGGCAGCAGUCGCCACGUUCCCUCGGACCCCUGGGGGCGCACGGACCCUUCCUCCGCAUCAACCUCUUCCUCCUCGGGCGUGGCGAGCUUCCUGAGAGGCGGCACGGUUCCGGCGGAUUUGGAGCGGCUGCACGUGAGCGGCAGCAGCUUCCUGCACUCGGCCGAGGUCGCCUUCGACUCGGACGCCACCGAGAGCAGCUCAGGCGGGGAGUCGGACGUGGAGCAGGAGGAGAUUGCCCGCGCCGACCCGGACAAGCGCCAUGUCAAGCUAUGGAGGAGGGCGAAGGGCCGCUAUGCAGUGGAGCGGGCGUCCAUCAUCAGUCACUGGAACUGGCUACAGGCCCACGUGUCCGACCUGGAGUACCGCAUUCGCCAGCAGGCCGAAAUUUACAGGCAGAUCCGCGCCAGCAAGGGGGCUGUGGAGUUGGGUGAGCCUGUUCCCUGUGAGCCGUCUGCAGAGACAGAGCCCUCGCCCUUCGCCACAUCUGAGGCUGGGGACUCUGAGAAGGCUGACAAGACAGCAGCAACUUGUAACACAAUCAACAGCAUCCCGAACAGCGCUGAAGACAUCUUUGGCAGGAAGCCACUGGGCGUGACCCCUGACCCCACCUGCGUGGCUGCUCGCACACGCCCACUGCUCAGCUGCCGUAGACGACGAUUCGUCAACCCCAGCGCAGUCCCCAACCUCACUGGAAAGGUUCAGAGGGGGUGUGUUGCUUGCUGUGGGGUGAACCCCUCGUGUCUGAUGUGUGGGGGUGGACGCCCCCCUCAGCCAACCCCACCCCCACUGGAGCUGUCUGUGUCUGAGCGCCUGACCCAUAUCGACACUGGCAUCCAUCCUAUCCUCUCUCUGCCGUCAGACACGAAACUGAGCAUUCAUCUGCAGGGUCUGAUCAAGGCGCAGGGGCAGGGCAGCCAUGCAGAGAAACUGAAGCCUUUGAAGAAGCGUUCGCUCAAACACAAGAUCGCCCUCAGCGGCAUACACCUCCCCCAGCCUCCAUCCUCUUCCUCAUCCAAACACAAGCACAAGCUGGGCAACUCACACAUGGCCACAGUCCGGCUGGCUCACCAUCGCAAGAGCCGUCUGGAGCGCUCCUACCACCACACGGCGGCAGACAGGAGCGCCAGCGUGUCCAAAUCGGACACCCCCUGCAGACCAGAGAGGCCCCACGAGCGCAGCCAGAGCCGCAAGAGGCCACGGGAGCUGUCGGGAGAGAGGGCUGAUGGUCCAAAGCAGCCAAUGGACCCUGGGAGUCCGCUUAUGUCUCUCUCCAGCGUCCUCUUUUCCACUCCCAGCCCCCUGAGCAGGCAGCUGUCUCUCCCCUACGAAGGCUCCACGCCGCUGGGCCCGGGCAGCCAGCCUGGAUCUGCGCCAAUCCGGCGCAGGAGAGGAGAGAGCUCCUUCGACAUCAACAACAUCGUCAUCCCCAUGUCUGUGGCCGCCACCACGCGCGUGGAGAAACUACAGUACAAAGAGAUCCUCACACCAAGAUGGAGGAAGGUGGACGUGUUGGAAGAGCCCGCCGCAGAGGAUGAGGAGGAAGCUGAGAUUGAGGACCUCACAGACAUGGCCUUCACUGAGCUGCACCUCCCCAUGGAGGACCAGGAGCGCUCCCGUUGGUCCUGGAGGGCCCUAGUUCCAGCCGCGAGGAGAGGGAGCAGAUUAUUUAAAUCUCUGGAUGGGCGGACCACGCCGCUGCCAGGGGGAUCCAACCCCUACACGCCCCAGCCGUCGUCCCCGGACAUGGCGCUCUUCCACGUGCUGCAGGACUACGGGCCGCUGUCCUCCCCACUGAGCCCUCCGAGCCCCGACACGCCCUCCUCACGAGACUCGCUCACGCGCUGCUCCACGCCUGACUUCACCUAUGAGGAGAGGACGGUGAAUCCCUGGGAACGCCGCUUCUUCCCCCUCUCUGAGGACCCUGCCAUCCUGGACGAACCCAGUGAACCAGACAAUGAAUCCAGGAACACCUCAGGCAUCCCAUCAGGCCACUCGAGGGCGGAGUCAGAAAGUGAGCCUGUCUCACCAUGACAACGGCAUUGUUAAUACUGCGUGCUGACAGACUGAGCACACUUUCUCCAGCAUUAAGAGAAAAACAAAAAAACGCUUGAACUCAAAGAAUUAUAAAAGGACUUCUGCUGUUUGAUAUUCAAACACCAGCCAAAUAUCUUCACAGUUUUUAGUGAAUAAUAUGGCACAUCAGUAAAAACCUGUCCACCACGUUUGUCUUGUCACUGACAAAAAAAAAGGUAAAAAAAUUAAAAAUAGAAAUAAAACAAACAAAUAUUCAGUGUGAAGAAAAAAAAAUGUUUCCAUAAAUGCUGUUUGUUGGCUUAACAAUGUUCUUGGGACGUAGUGUGCUACUUUAUUCCGUCAGGUGUACACUUCUGUAGAGCACUAUGUAGCAGACUUGUAAAGGGCGCUUGGCCAAGAGGGGAUGGGUUCUCAGCUGGUUUUCUGUGUUGCCAUGUAGCAGAGUGACAAAAAACAAAACUAGGAAAUGGAUUUUUUUUUCUCCCCUCAUUCCUCAAAAGUACAUAUAACUUUUGUCAUGUCUUUGAAAAGUGUGAUUUCUGAUAAUUGACUUACCUGACAUGGGGAACAGGUGUUGUAUCAGAACAGCAGGCGUUACCUUUCAAUCAUCAUUCACUAAUAUUUGUUGAUCAAUAUCAUUUGUUGUCUGAUUUGUUAUCAGUUCAUUUUCCAUGUAACUAUGGAAAGCAUGCCGAAUCAUCAGAUAAGUACUCGCCACUCUGUCCUGGCUAGCAGGUGCUAAAAAAACAGUGGCACCCCUUUUUCUGGCUAACUUUGUUAAAGAUAAUUGACCAAAAGUUCUUGUGAAUGUAGUUUAAUCAUACAUCUUCAAUAAAGUCGUUCAAUUCAGCAUUUAUGUAUACAAGAAAGAUGAAGCAUUUAUGUAUACAAGAAAGAUGAAGCAAAGCAAUUUAAAAGUGUGUGUCACUGUUACAGCAUGUCUAGAACAUGGGCACCUUUUCAGACGGGUGGAAGGCUCUGGAUUUCAAAGGAGGUUCAUAUUUGGUCGAAUGCCGUCUGCUUAUCCUGUGGUUUAUUGGGAACCAGUUAUGUUCAGUGUAGGUUGGGGUAUGCACACCAGAAUGUGCACACCUAACCUGGCAUUUAAUUAGUGUACAAGCAACUGUUCUGCCACCCCCUGUUCUAGAGACCUACUUUCUCACCCAUGUCCCCCCCCCCCCCCCUGGUUUCCAUGGUCCCUUGGGCUCCUCUUACCUCAACGCACACCAACAUGUAUACAGGAAAAUCAUGAUGUGCACGUGCGCAUUAUUAAUGCAGAAACUAACUAUUAGUUAUCAGUGGUGAGUUGAGUUGGUGAGCCCAAAUACAUUCUACCAUUACACAAAUAUGCAGAAUUAACCUCAAGAUCUCCCAACCUCUAUUUUUGAUUAUGUUUCUUCAGUCUUAUCCAUUUGAUCAUUAGUCUGGUCAUUUUUUAUAUCCAUCAACGGUUUUGUUUUUGUCACUUCAGGGUAUCUACUCCUUAAGCACUGUUUCCUCUUUAGUAAUUGAUUGCUAUGCAAGUCCACUAUAUUGUUGUAUGAUCCUAAUCCUGUGUGUUUUUUUAUGUUUUAUUCCAGUCAUUCAGUCACUGUUUUUCUUUUUUCUUCAUUUAUCAGUUUUUGUAGGUUUUUCUUUUCUUGACAGGUUUCAUUUUACAAGUUCAAAUAUUGCAGCAGUUAACAUCAUUUGCAAAGAAAAAGUUUGUAAAUAGUACCAUUAAAACCUUUAUGUCAAACUUGGCAAACAAA